AAGGUCUUGGAGAGAACACAGAACAUCAUCCCCAACGACAGCAUGCUCGUGUCCAAUAACGCGAAGAAGGAGGCAGAGUUCUUGAAAAAGUUUGAGAAGGUGACUCUGAAGUUGUUGGAGUCGCAGAAUGAGAAGAUCGCCAAGUUGAUGAAGCAAAACCAGGUGCUUGAGAAGAAGAUUGACCACUUGAGCAGACCGCCGCCAGAGGCGUCGUUGCGCGAGAAGCUCGCAUUCUCCUUCCCGUAUGACCAGACACGCAAGUUCCCUGCGUACAUCUGGCAGACGUGGAAGUGGGGCCUCAACGAUGACCGUUUCGGUGACAGCUUCAAGGAGGGCGAGAUGCAGUGGGCGAUCAAGAAUCCCGGCUUUGUGCACGAGUUGUUCAACGAUGACACGUCCUCAGCUAUCGUGCACCACCUCUACAUGAAUAUCCCCGAGAUUGUGGAGGCGUACGAUUUGUUACCAGCGGUUAUCUUGAAGAUGGACUUCUUCCGAUACCUCAUCUUGCUCGCCAAGGGCGGGGUCUACGCGGACGUGGAUACGUAUCCGUUGCAGCCAGUGCCGAACUGGAUUCCAGAGAAUGUAUCGCCAAACGAAAUCGGUAUGGUGGUCGGGAUCGAGGCCGACCCAGACACCCCAAAGUGGCGAUUGAUGUACGCGCGUCGUUUGCAGUUUGCGCAGUAUGUUAUUCAGGCCAAGCCGGGCCACCCGAUUUUGCGUGAAAUCGUGGCCAAAAUCACCGAAAACACGUUGCGCAAAGCUGAGCAGGGUAGCAUGGAGUUGCCCGACUCCAAGACCAAGCACAUCGAUAUCAUGCAGUGGACCGGUGCCGGGCUCUGGACCGACGUCAUCUUCACCUACUUCAACGACUACGUGCAGUCCGGUAUCUACUCCAAGAUCACCUGGAAGGAUUUCACCAAGUUGGAUAUUCCAAAGUUUGUUUCGGACAUCUUGGUCUUGCCCAUCACCUCCUUUUCUCCGGGCGUCGGCUCUAUGGGUGCCGGCGGCGAGGACCAUCCGUUGGCUUUUGUCAAGCACUCCUUUGGGAAGUUGUGGCAGUAAUGCCGAUAUACUGUACACGUUUUGAAUAGAAUGGGUGUAGGCUAGAGGGUUUGUAGCAAGAUUAUCUUGAUAGGCUUGGAUUUAUCUUCCACGGAAGAUACUUGGCGUAGGUGAAGGGUCGAUACGAGUAGUAAGGAUAGGGUGUCUGGGUCAUCUCGUUUGAUUUAUCGCCCCAGCUGUUUUGCGUAUGGUCAUGGAUGGAUGCCGGAAGGAGAAUAAAAAUGGCAGACGAUAACAACUAUGGC